AUGCAGACUCUGACAUGUCCUGCGUCUCGUGUCUCUCAGGAGUUCUUCGAGCAUGCUCAGAAGCUGUGGGAGGAUGACGGCGUGAAGGCGUGUUUCGAACGCGCCAACGAGUAUCAGCUGAUCGACUGCGCCCAGUACUUCCUGGACAGGUUGGAUUCAGUCAGGAGGACGGACUACACACCUAACGACCAGGAUCUGCUGCGCUGCAGAGUUUUGACGUCGGGGAUUUUUGAAACCAGAUUUCAGGUCGACAAGGUCAACUUCCACAUGUUUGAUGUUGGUGGACAGCGGGAUGAACGCAGGAAGUGGAUCCAGUGUUUUAACGAUGUGACAGCCAUCAUCUUUGUGGCGGCGAGCAGCAGCUACAACAUGGUGAUCAGAGAGGACAACUCGACCAAUCGGCUGCGAGAAUCUCUUGACCUCUUCAGAUCCAUCUGGACCAACAGGUUUCUGAAGACCAUCUCAGUGAUCUUGUUCCUGAACAAACAGGACGUGCUCGCUGACAAAAUUUUGGCUGGAAAAUCCAAACUGGAGGAUUAUUUCCCAGAAUACACCAACUACCAGGUUCCUGCUGAAGCUGUCCCUGAUGCUGAUGAAGACCCCAGAGUGACCAGAGCUAAGUUCUUCAUCAGAGACGAGUUUCUGAGGAUCAGCACGGCGAGCGGCGAUGGGAAACAUUACUGUUAUCCUCACUUCACCUGUGCGAUCGACACGGAAAACAUUCGCCGUGUCUUCAACGACUGUCGUGACAUCAUCCAGCGCAUGCACCUGCGGCAGUACGAGCUGCUCUGAUUGGCCGAUCAGACAUCCAAUCAUUACUCUGAUCGAUCCUAACAUAUUAACCCUUCAUAUCUUCUGUUGCUGCAGCUGCUUUCGCCCAACUGAUUAUCGAUUAGGACACGAUGGUCUUUAUCGUGUCUGCUGCAGGGCAUUGUGGGUAGCGUAGUUCUAUCGGUGGAAGAAGCACGGGAUGGUGUAAGUUUACUGUUGUUGCCAUGGCAACAGUCUGUCACCUGGGAGGGGGCGGGACUUAGAAAGACUAAAAUUUUAUUAUUAUUAUUAUUAUUAUUAUCUUCUCUCUGAUUGGCUGUCGUACACUCUGAUGUCACUUUAUGAAUCAAUACCUGACAGAGCAGAUCAAUGUUUCCACAUGUGACUGUAGAUUCUUCCCUGUCC